AUGCAGGGGAUGGCCACCUUCGAGCUGUACCGGAGGUCCACCAUUGGCACCUACCUCACCGAGACGCUGGACGAGCUCGUCUCCAGUGGGGCCGUCAUCCCAGAGCUCGCCAUCCAGGUCCUCCUGCAGUUCGACAAGUCCAUGACUGAGGCGCUGGAGAUGCAGGUCAAGAGCAAGGUUAACGUCAAGGGUCAUCUGCACACCUACAGGUUCUGCGACAAUGUCUGGACCUUCAUUCUAACAGAUGCAACCUUCAAGAGCGAGGAGAUUCAAGAAACACUGGGCAAGGUGAAGAUCGUGGCCUGCGAUUCCAAGUUGCUGCAGCCUCAACAACCAUAA